AUGCAGUCUCAGGGUGAUGGGCCUUCUGGCUCUGCUUUUCCCUUGCCUGGGGUUUCCCCAUCUGGCGGGGAUGACGCCAGUCUAAUGGCAUUGGAGGAAUUCCAAUCACUCCUCAACUCCACCAUGGCUCAAUCCAUUAAUAAGCAGCUCAGCAAUGGGUGUUAUGUCAUCUUCCAUUACACAAUCUAUCACCCAGGCCGUCAGGGUAAUCAGGCCCCAUUAGUUGACAAUUCUAGCAGAACCAGGCCGCAAGGCCUUGUGUAAACUGAAAAAUACUAUCUCCCCUCCAGAUGAACAGGUUCGUCCUGUCCUGAAUGACACAUAUAAGGCUGUCAAUGAUGGCAUGCUACCACCACGCAACAGAGCCCCGUGUCGGGCAAAAUCAGCCAGAUCGUGGAAAAGGGCCUGUGCCCACGAUGAUUCGUCCGAUUUGGACCAGAGCAUGGAUGAGGACUAUGUGGAUCCCUAUGUGGACCACUGUAGUGAUGACGGCACCGACUUUGGCUCGGAUGAGAAACCAGCUGCUUUGGCCCAGGCUAAGGCUCAGGGCUCUGGGCCUUCUGAAGCGAACGAAGACAGCGGUCUCCAGGACCCACAUAAUCUGUGCCACCCUUGUUUAGCUGAGUCUCAAGAAGCCACCGGAUCUGGUGGGUAA